AUGCCGCAAUACCAAUUCACCACCUCCACGGCGCAUUCUUCACGUGCCAGCAGCGUGCAGUCCGAUCGGCGACAUUUCCGCGAGUCGACUCAACUCCUCCGCCCUGAAGAUGCCUUCCUCACAUCUCCGCCGAAGCGCAACAGCUCUUUCGCGCGCAGCGAUACAGUAACGGCGAACUCAUCACGACGAAGCAAUAGAGACAAGAGACGUGGUCGGAGUAGCAGUCGUAGGCGCAAUGCCAAUUCCGUCCCGAAGGUCAACGGCGGACAGUGGAAGAAGCUCUUAUGGGUGAAGCAGAGCUAUCCGGACAACUAUACCGACGAAGAGACAUUCUUGGACCACCUGCAGAGAAAUCCCAGAUUGCGACCUUACGAGUUCUGGCCGCUGGUUGCCGACAGCACCAUCAUUGUGCAGCACAUCUGCAGUGUGGUCAUCUUCGUCUGCUGCUUCACUGCCAUCUUCCAAGAGCGAGUAUCUCCACAAACAGUCGUGGGAUGGGCUACAUUAUGCACUGUUGCGGGAUGGGUGUUCAGAGACUCCUGGCAAAGUCGAGACGAAGACAGUACAGAAGAUGACAACAACGCCAAGGAGAACGGGAAUGGGACUGCAGAAGAUGACAACGUAUCCUCCGGCAGAGUCAGCACAGAAGCAGAAGCGGAUUUCGGAAUGCCGUUCAAAGAGCCUCCCAUGCCGCCUCUCGGGUUUCGUGGGCAUUCACGUAAUGCCAGCGCAGCAUCGUCCGUGGGCCUCGGCAUCGAUGGCAACCAUUCGAAAGACAUAGCCAGCUCAUCCAGCUCACCUACUACCGCGGAGUCCACAUCGCCAAAACCAUCGUCAGUUGCAUUUUCAUACAGCAAUCCACCAUCCAUGCUCUCACCCAGAAUGCAGGAACGCCUUACGACAGCCAAAUCCGCCAUUCUAAUUUACUGCUCCCUUCUCGGUCUCUCGCCAAUCCUGAAGUCCCUCACGCUUUCGACAUCAUCCGAUAGCAUUUGGGCACUCUCCUCUUGGCUGCUAGGGCUUAAUAUCUUUACGUUUGAUUACGGCGCAGGUCCAGAAGCGAAGUUUCCAGCUUCGCUCAGCACAAACGCCGCUUUGAUGGCCAGCACUGUGCUCGCGUCUCGACUUCCGACAACUACUCACGUCUUCAGCUUGACGCUGUUCUCAAUCGAAGUCUUCGGUCUGUUCCCAGUCUUUCGACGACAUCUGCGCCAUCACAGCUGGACUGGACAUCUUUGGCUCACCACGGCUCUAGUCAUCCUGGCUUCUGGUGGACUUUCGAUGACAAUCUCGGGACGUGGCUGGGGAAUGGGAAUUCUAGGCGUCGUGCUGGGAGGUAUCAUCUGCUGCUUCAGUAUGGGCAUGACCAGCUGGUGGUUGAUUGGCUUGCAGCGCUACAAGAAUGAAAUACAUGGCCCAUGGGAUCCUGCAAGGCCCGUAAUUAGGAGACAUUGGGAUUGA